AUGUAUUUCAAAGCCUCUGUUUCUGUGUGGAUUUGUCUGUGGAUCUAUUACUUCGCUUUGGCCACGUGUGCACCCAUUGGUAAUCUAAUCCAAGGUCCCGCAUAUCUUGUAACUCCAGGCGGAAUCAAUCUUAGCUCAGUUUCCCUUGUCGAAAGAUAUUCCGAAGCCCCCAUUCCGUUAGCAAAGCCUUUGGGAGAUCAAUACACGAAUGAUAUCGGUGGUAAUGAAGCCUCACAGAUACCAAGAUUACAAAUAGAUUCAAUUGCUCAAAAUGUAUUUUCUUAUCUAGGGAGAUUAAGAAAUAUUCUUAUCAAGGACAUAAAUCCACCCUUACAGAAUGCGGCUGGUGGUGUGCGUGGAUCAGUCAAGAAAAUGAUCAGUAAAGGAGCCCAGAGACUCCAAUAG